GUGUUUGUAGGUGUGGUCUAAUUAACAUGGCGGAUUAUGCAGAAAUGGACAAUGACUUGCUUGAUAAAAUCCUGUACAGUUUAGAUGAAAUACAUUGCAGGGGCCCAUUGCUGGAGGAGGUAGAAGGGAAGGAUGGAACUCAAACUGGUCUAGAGAUAGCCAUUGCCAGUGGAUUGAAGGACAGGAAUUAUGUCCAGCUGGUAAUGUGUUUAACAUCAGAACUGAAGGAGCUACUUAAAUUGAAUGAAACUGUCACUGAACCAUCUGGUCCUGAUGAUUCUGAGUCAUUCCAUCUUGAGUUAAGGUCGUUCCUCAACGAAUUAAAAUGCUACCAUGAGACACUAGUAACUGAUCUAGCUGCUUUUAACGAGCCUCGUAACAGACUCAUUCUGAUUGAUUAUUUAUUAUCCGAGCUGAUGACGGCUCGACUGUUGAAAGUAAAAAUAGAAGAAUCUACUGAAUAUAAAAGAAAUAAUUUUGAAUCUAAUCCUUACGACGUUCAAUCUAAUCUGUCAGCCAUUUUGAAUGUUUUUGGUGUUGAUACUCCGCCUCCUCACGUCACGCCUACCAUGAUACUUGAUAAAAUAAUAAAAAAAACUCAAGAACACAUUUCAAAGGCCCCUGCUGGGUUCAUUGGUAAGCCACUGGUGCUACAACCGCUGAGUGCUGAACAAUGGGGGACACUGGACCGUAUCAACGAGGCUUUGUUGAAAGAAUAUUCUGUUAGGAGACAGAUGUUAUUGACUAGGUGUAGCGUAACUGUCCAGUCUUUUAAAUGGUCUGAUAGAACCAAGGGUAAGGAUGAGUCAUUUACUAGUGUCUAUCAAUCAAAAUGGACUCCAUUGAAGGAAAAGGCUCCAAUACCAAUAGCUAGAGUACUAGCUGCUAAAAAUGAUUUAUUGAGUAUUGAAAGGACCAGUAGUGGCUCCGUUAGACAGAACACAGUCUCCGAUAUUAACAAGGUUUUGAUUGGCUCCGUUCCUGACAGAGGGGGCAGACCAAAUGAGACACGCCCACCACCUGAAAUGCCUUCGUUCAAGCAACGGACUGAAGCACCAAGAGAGAAGAGAGACGGAGGUGGCGGUAGAGGGGGGCGGGGUAGUGGAGGAGGAAGAGGUGGGCGUGUCCAAGGAGGUUGGUCGAAAGGAGGUGGAGACAAUUACCAACGAAGUUAUUCUGUAGACAGCUAUGGUGGUCAUUGGGGAGGGGGAGGAGAAAGGGGUCGAGCUUAUGAUGGGAGCUAUGGAGGAUUCCACGGAGCAAGCUAUGGCUCCUAAUUAUGGAUAUGAUAAUUAUUCAGGAACCUACGGGAACUAUGGGGGAGGAGGGGGAGGGUAUCAAAGAGGGUACUCGUAUGAGGAUAGAGGACCAGGUGGUGGCGGUCAGCAUGGUAGGAGAGGAGGGCGGGGUUAUCAGCACCAGCACAGCAACUAUUAUUAAUAAUAAUAAUUUGUAAUUUAGUUAUUACUGAUGACAUUAGUGCAUGAUUAUUAAAGAUUAUGUUUUGCAUUAAUUUUGUUGUUCAUAGUAUCUCAGGUAAUCUUGUUCUUAUGAUAGUGACCACAGUCACCACAUCCA